AUGUCUGAAGUACAAGGAACGGUUGAGUUUUCUGUAGAGCUCCAUAAGUUUUAUAACGUGGAUCUCUUUCAGAGAGGGUAUUACCAGAUCCGAGUGACCUUGAAGGUGUCCUCCAGGAUCCCCCACAGACUGAGCGCCUCCAUCGUCGGGCAGACAGACGGCAGCAGCCUGCAUGCGGCGGCCUGUGUCCAUGAGAGCACCAUGCACAGCCGGGUCUUCCAGAUCUUGUACAGGAACGAGGAGGUGCCCAUAAGCGACCUCGCCAUCUUCCGUGCUCACCUGCUCCUGGAUGGUGAACGGGUGGAAGAGGCGCUCAGUGAAGUCGACUUUCAGCUCAAGGUGGACCUGCACUUUACCGACAGUGAACAACAGCUGAGGGACGUGGCGGGGGCCCCCGUGAUCAGCAGCCGGACGCUGGGCUUACACCUCCACCCCCGCAGAGGCCUGCACCACCAGGUCCCCAUCAUGUUCGACUAUUUCCACCUGUCAGUGAUCUCAGUGACCGUCCACGCCGCGCUGGUGGCUCUGCAGCAGCCCCUGAUCAGUUUUACCCGUCCGGGAAGAGGCUCCUGGCUCGGUAAGGGCGGCCCAGACACGGGACCGGAACAGUCUAGCCUUUCUCUGGAAAACCUGGUCUUCGGAGCCGGAUACUGCAAGCCGACGUCCUCCGAGGGGAGCUUCUACGUGCCCUCGGAGAACUGCAUGCAGCGCGCGCACAGGUGGCACCGGGGGCUGUGCCUCUUGCUCCUCCGCGCCCAUGGCGGACUCCGCGCCUACUUCCUGGGCAUCAUGCGGGACGUCGCUGAGCUGCCGCACAUGGAGCUGGAGUCUCUCGCUGUUGAAGAAACGCUGUCUCGGCUGUGCUCAGAGCUACAGAUGCUGAACAGCCCAGAGAAGAUAGCCGAGCAGAUAAGUAAGGACCUCGCCUGGCUCGCCUCCCACCUGAUGGCUCUGUGGACCCAGUUCCUAGACGCGGUGACCCUGCACUCCCACGUGACCACUUACCUCGCGCAGGAGCAUCACACCCUGCGGGUCCGAAGGUUCUCCGAGGCCUUCUUCUACAUGGAACACCAAAAACCUGCCGUCCUGACGUUUCAGGAAAAUCUGGUCCAAGCCCACAGCCAGCUGUCUCUGGACAUCCGGAACUCAGAGUACCUCACCACCAUGCCCCCGCUGCCCGCGGAGUGCCUGGACAUCGACGGCGACUGGAGCACCCUGCCGGUCAUCUUCGAGGACAGAUACGUGGACUGCCCUGUGACAGGGCAUCAUUUGAAUAUUUACUCUAAUUUUGAUGUUCCAGCAACCAGCCCUGCAGAAACGAGUCUAAAAGACAGAGAACAGAACCAUACGGAAGACAGGAGAUCACCUUUCAGGGAGCACCUGGCCUUGCCCACCCUGAAACCACCCCACAUGGACUCGGAGGGGGAGGGGACUAGCUCUGUGGGGUCAGACGAGAACGCCACCACACCCAGCCACGCGGACGUGCGCUCCGCAUCUCAGGUGUCCCUGACGGUCGGCGAGUUCCAGCACGCAGCGGGCUUGCCUGAGGAGGGACACGGGGCUGGCCACGGGUCUGACGUUGGAACGCACUCGCUCGCCGAUGACAUCCUGCCCAGAAGGAGCCCGGGCCCGGAGGACGGCCCGGAAUACAUCGAUGUGAGGUCUGGCAAUAAGCACCCCGGAAGAGCUGAACCCCUGGCGGCCAUGAGGGAUCGGCACGGGAAGGGACACUUUCAAGGUAACUGUGAAUCAGACGGCAAAGGGGUAGCAGACGGCAAUCGUCCAAAUGCCGUCUCUUCAGAGAAAACACCACCCCACGAGGUAAGGACUCUGGGAAAGGGAGCCGCCCAGGACGGUAAGAUGCUGCCGCUGAGUGUGAAGCUCUGCCCCGGUGAGUCUUGCGAUCCCCUGAGCUCUGCUUGGCGGGCGUCCCCGAAGGACCCUCCCCCAGAGGAGCAGGAGGAAGCGUCACUGCUCUCUGGGGUCAUCAAGAGAUCGUCCUCCAUCAUCUCGGAUUCAGGCAUUGAGAGUGAGCCAAGCUCCGUGGCCUGGUCCGAGGCCCGGAGCAGGGCCCUGGAGGUGCCCGGUGACCGGGAGGCCUUGCACCAGCUGGUCCGAAGGCACGCCCUGCACAGGGACUCCUUAGAGGGCGGACACACCGAGAGCAACAUGAGUUUGCCAAGCGGGAUCCAGGCUUCCCUCACCUCCAUCAGCUCUUUGCCUUUUGAGGAAGAGGAGCGGGAGCUGGCACUCACCAAACUGACCAAGUCAGCGUCGGCGCCCCAGAUCAGUAGCCCCGAGGAAUCUGCCGAAGACACGGAUGCCGUGCGGCCUCGGGGAGUUGUCCCUGACACUUCAGCUGGGCACACUGAGAGCGUAGACCCCCCGGGACCCUGCAGUCGACCCAGUGGUGGCCCCAGAGUCCAGGACACCAGGGCGGGCCUUUCUCCUGUGGAGGUGGUUUCAGAUGCUGACAGCCAGCGAGGCCCCGGUUCUAGAGACGUCCCCCAAAAUAAAGACGUUCACCUGGAUCCUCAAGGAUCCUGUUGCCUGGACGGCAGGACUGAGACCCCUCCGGGGGUUGGAACCAAAGGUCUUAAUUUUAAAAUACCACAUAUCAUAGCCCUUGAACACCCUUGGGACAGAUCCCCUGGGGCACAAGCGGAGACCCCAAAGGACACACCCACACACGGGCACGCGGGGGUGAGCCCUCCGUCCGGCAGCGGCAGCUCGGGUGUAGAACGCCGCACGUACCACGAGGCGCCUGAACUGAGCUGCGCAUCAGCGGCUGAGGCCAUUGGCCAGGGCUUAGCCGGCAAACCCGGCGGCUCAGCCUGCAGCGGCGAGGACGCGGCUCCCCGGGAGGAGGGCCAUCAGGCGGGCGCGGGGUGCCCCACUGUGGCUCACUCCGCCCACUCCCAGGUCGUGGGUCACCAGGAGCCCAGGGCCGGCUCUGCCACCGCGGGGUCCCCCCUGGCCCCGGCAGAGACCUUCCCUCUGGACAGCCUGAAGGCUGUGGAAGUCGUCAACUUAUCUGUGUCUUGCGCUGCCACGUGUCUCCCGUUCUCGUCUGUGCCCAAGGAGACCCCCGCCAGGGCUGGAUUUUCCUCCAAGCAGACUCCGUUUCCCAUCACGCACCAACCGUUGGGUUCCUUUGGGGUCGUCUCUACCCCUUCCAGCCAGUGGGAGGAGGACGUCGGUGAGCGGAUGUUCAGUUUCUAUCAGGCCAAAGAGAAAUUUAAAAAAGAACUGAAGAUUGACGGAUUUCUGUACAGUGACUUAUCUGUACUAGCUUCUGACAUACCGUAUUUCCCACCAGAGGAAGAGGAGGAAAAUUUGGAAGACGGGAUUCACCUGGUAGUCUGUGUCCACGGCCUGGACGGGAACAGCGCGGACCUCCGGCUGGUGCGGACGUUCAUCGAGCUGGGGCUCCCCGGGGGCAAGCUGGACUUCCUGAUGUCGGAGAAGAACCAGAUGGACACGUUUGCGGACUUUGACACCAUGACGGACCGGCUCCUGGAUGAAAUCAUCCAGCACAUCCAGCUGUACAACCUCUCCAUAUCCCGACUCAGCUUCAUUGGCCAUUCUCUCGGCAACAUCAUCAUCCGAUCGGUCCUAACCAGGCCCCGGUUCCGGUAUUACCUCAACAAACUCCACACGUUCCUGUCGCUGUCCGGGCCUCACCUGGGGACCCUGUACAACAACAGCACCCUGGUCAGCACAGGCCUGUGGCUUAUGCAGAAGCUGAAGAAAUCCGGGUCCCUGCUGCAGCUGACAUUCAGGGAUAACGCCGACCUGCGCAAGUGCUUCCUGUACCAGCUCAGCCAGAAGACAGGUCUGCAGUAUUUUAAAAACGUCGUGCUGGUGGCCUCGCCCCAAGAUCGCUAUGUGCCGUUUCAUUCAGCCAGGAUCGAAAUGUGCAAAAUGGCGCUCAAGGACAGACACACAGGGCCGGUUUACACGGAGAUGAUCAACAACCUCCUGCGCCCCCUGGUGGAAGCCAAGGGCUGCACGCUGGUCCGGCACAACGUGCUCCACGCCCUGCCCAGCACCGCCAACGCGCUCAUUGGCCGCGCUGCGCACAUCGCCGUACUGGACUCGGAGCUCUUCCUGGAGAAGUUCUUCUUGGUGGUGGGACUCAACUACUUCAAGUAAUGAAUGGCCUUGGGGAGCUCCCGGAGCUGCCCGAGACCCAGGAGGGCGUCAGCCAAGUCACCCUUUUGUAGAUCUCAGUUGUUCCAGGGUGGAGCUCAGAGCGGAGGGCGCUGUGGGAGGCCGGGGUGCGGGACAGAUACCCUGGGUGCCUCCAUGUCAGAGACUUGCGAAGGCUGAACCAACGGUGUUAAUUAAAGGCAACAGAUUUUACCCGAACUGAUAGCCCCCUGGAGUCUCAUCCCAGAUGGUUUCUAGGGAAAAUACGAGAAAAUAAAGAAACAGUCCUUGGAGUUGGGGAGCACACCGUUGUAAAGACCAGUAGCUCACAGAGAGCGCGCUCCAGUUUAACUUGCUGUGUCCAAUAUGUUACUAGCUCAUAGCUUUAUCAUUUUUGAUUCAACGAAGUGCACACAAGCAUCUCAGAACUCAGGUUAACCUCUGUGCAGAGUGACCAUGUAUGUGUAAAUAUAACCCUUAACGGACUCAAUGUGCCACUUGUUCAAGAAAAAUGUGAUGCCACGCUGUCAUUCUCUCCUCGUGUUUCUCAGCGAGGGGCAAAGGAAUGCUUUCCGAACUCCAAGUCCAUGUUAUCACAGCAGUGGGCGGGGCGAU